AUGCUGUCUGUGACAAACACGAAGCCGCACCCGUACUGUCUAGUUGUUCACAACAACGACGGCUUUGAUGGUGCGGCGGUGGAGCUCAUGACAUGUGAUGGAGAUGAGAGCGCCAAGACUUGGUUCAGCGUGUGGACAGAGAAGGCAAGGAAAGCCUUUGCCGAGAAGGUCACAUACGAUCCGGUCCCCAAGGAUGAGCGAACGCCUACAUCCGAGGAGAUUGAUGAAGAGAAGGGUGAGGGAGGUGCCUGGGCCAACAUCUCAAAAGCAGCCAGCCGCUUCGGCAAGCAGGUGGCUUCUGCUGCAGAGGAAGCCAAGCAGAACAUCGAGAAGGCUGCCGAAAAAGCGAAGACGGCAGAUCUUACGCAGCAAGUCCAAGGCUGGCAAAGCGAGGUUGCGAAAGGCUUCGGUGCCGCUGCUGACCGUGCCUGCCAAGCUCGGGAGGUCUUUGCCGAGCGUGGAAAGGUAGCCUCUCAGCUUGCCAAGGACUUGGGCAGCAAAGCGGCCACCAAGGCAGGCGAGGCGAAGGUCCAGGCAGCAUCUAAAGCAAGAGAGGCCAAGGACAAAGCCGCAAGUGUGGCCGGUGCUGCAAAGGAUAAGCUGGCGCAGGCCGGCGAGGGUCUGAAAGGGCUCGGCAGCCUUGCGCUGUCACCCGCCAAGCUCGCACAGUUUGGAGGUUUGUUUUUUGUCGGCGUGUUUCUCAUCUCUCUCUCCUUCUCGUUCCUCCCGGUGAUGGUCAUUGCACCGCAGAAAUUUGCGUUGCUCUUCGCCUUCGGGUCCAUGACCAUGCUUGGAUCCUUUAUGCUUUUGAAGGGCCCACAGGCCUUCCUGUCUGGUAUGGCUCGCAGAGAGCAGCUUCCGUUCUCCAUCGCUUAUGGAGUCGGCCUGGUGGGAACAUUGAUAGCAACGAUCAUUUUGCGAAGCUUUAUCCUCACCGGCAUCUGUGGGCUCCUGCAAGCUGUGGGCCUGCUCUACUUUGUGGCCUCCUACGUGCCGGGUGGAAAGGUCAGCAAAAGCUUGCGUCAACUUCGUCGGCCGCUUGCGGCAGCCUUGUUGGAGCUCACCCAACUUGUCUCCAAGCUUGAUCUCGCGGUUCUGCGCAGCUCUUUGAGGCCAGUGCUCCGCAAUGACAUGCACAGUGUUGCGCUGCUGGUCAGGGACAGUCAAUGGUUGGACUCGACCUGUGCUUCGAGGCAUUGGCCAGAGACUUGGUGGAAGUUCUCAGCGCUGUUGGGAGCAAAGCUCGUGAGCUACUUCGCCAGUGCUGUACUUCAUCUGUAUCCGCAUCAAUCAGUGUCUGCCUUCAAUUUCUGGCUGCGCAUCGACUUGGUCUCCAUCUGCUUCGCUGUUUGGGCACCAACAUCCGUGUUCCUCAGCAAUGUAUGGCUGUGGUGGCUGCACUUCAGCGUGGCUUGCGCUGUGGCAUAUUUGACUUACGCCUUGAUUGACUCGGAUUUGGCCCAUGAAUCCGAAGCUGCCCUACAGACCUUGGACCGGAAGCGUCAGAUUCGCACUGCCGUCAACACACUAUUCUUCCUGUGGUGUUUGCUGUUCACUGGUGUUGGAUCCAGCUUCCGCGGAUUCUGGAUAACGGGAGCUGCUUUCUACAGCCUCAGCCUAUUUAUUGCACCCCCCUUUUCGCGGAGAUAUCCAGCAAUGCGAUGGCACAGUGCUGGGCUCAAUGGAUGGCACGAAGACUUUCAUGCGGCUGUGGCUUUUGCCGAUGCAGCCAUGGUCUGGAUGGCUUACAGCUUCUUGGUGGAGGCAUCUUGA